AUGGAGCUGAGGUCGGAGCUGCCUAGCGUGCCCGCCGCGCCCCCCCCGGUGCCCCCCAGCUCGGUGGCGGCCGCGGCCGCCGCGGCGGCGGCCACGCUGCCGGUGAGCGUGGCCGGGAGCUUGCUGCGGGCGCCGCCGCUGCUGCUGCGGGCGGCAGAGAAGUACCCGCGGACGCCCAAGUGCGCCCGGUGCCGCAACCACGGGGUGGUGUCGGCGCUGAAGGGCCACAAGCGGUACUGCCGCUGGAAGGACUGCAUGUGCGCCAAGUGCACCCUCAUCGCCGAGCGCCAGCGCGUCAUGGCCGCUCAGGUGGCGCUGCGCCGGCAGCAGGCGCAGGAGGAGAACGAGGCCCGAGAGCUCCAGCUGCUCUACGGCACGGCCGAGGGGCUGGCGCUGGCGGCCGCCAACGGCAUCAUCCCGCCCCGGCCCGCGUACGAGGUGUUCGGCUCCGUCUGCGCCGGGGGCGGCGGCGAGGGAGGCGCCGGCGCCUCAGAGUCCAAGAUGCAGAAGUUCGAGCUGUUUCCCAAGACGCUGCUGCCCAGCCGCGCCGUCACCCCGCAGCAGGCGGGCGGGAAGCCCCUCUCCCCGGACGGCGAGUCCGUGCCCGGCACCUCCUCCCCAGACGCUCGCCACGGCUCGGGCUCGGAGAACGGGGACGGCGAGUCCUUCCUGAGCUCACCCGUCUCCAAGGGCCCGAAGGAGGGGGAGGAGAGCCCGGGCUCCAUCAGCCCGCUGGGCUCGGACUCGGGCUCGGAGGCGGACAAGGACGAGCAGGACCCGUCGCCCUCGGCCGGCGGCCGGCAGCGGACUCCCAUCGACAUCCUGACGCGCGUCUUCCCGGCGCACAAGCGCAGCGUGCUGGAGCUGGUGCUGCAGGGCUGCGGCGGGGACGUGGUCCAGGCCAUCGAGCAGAUCCUCAACAACCGCGGCCCGGAGAAGGGCCCCGAGGAGGGCUGGGCCCGGGACGGCGCCUUGCAGGGCCUGCCGCCCACUCCCGCCGCCCACCAUCGGCCCUUGAUCGCCGGCGCCAUGGCCCCGGCCAUCGGCACGCUGGGCAGCCGCUCCGCCUUCUCCCCGCUGCAGCCCAACGCCACGCACUUCGGGGCCGAGGCCGGCGCCUACCCCCUGGGCACCCACCUGGGACUGAACCCCCUGCGCCUCGCCUACUCGGCGCACAGCCGGGGACUGGCCUUCAUGACCCCCUACUCCACGGCCGGGCUGAUGCCCACGCUGGGGUUCCGGCCGCCCGUGGACUACGCCUUCAGCGACCUGAUGCGGGACCGCUCCGCCGUGCACAAGGAGCAGGUGUACUCCAGCGGGCUCUACGGGCCCAUGGUCAACAACACCCCCGAGAAGCAAUAGCGGCUCCCUAAAGCUCGUCUGUGUAGAGGUAGCUAGGUAGGCACGGGUGGAUGGACACGGGUGGCUUCCUCUCCCCCCGUGCGGGCGGCGGUUUGCGUGCAGAGCCCGGCGCGGACAGGCGUAGGUGUGUUAAGGUGAUAAAGGUGCACUUUCAUUGUCCAGACAUGAGUCGCUCUUUGUUGCUUAUGGCCGUAAGCAUGGAAAUCCUCAGCGCGUCCGUGGCGUGUGCGCGCACACACGCGCACGCACGCUCUCUCCCACACACGUACAUAUAUAUAUAUGUAUACUAGCAAGUGUAUAAUGUUAUAAAAUGGAAAUCUAAGUUAUUAAUGUAACUCGUAGGUGAACUCGAUAUUAACGUUAAGCUAAAGGUUAGGCAGCGCAUUGUAAUACUUACCGGGCAUAUAGAUGAAACGUUGUCAAAAUUGAAAACCUUUUCCUUCCCGUCCCCAGAAACGUUAUGGUCUGUAUAUAACAUUGGAAAGUAGAUAUAUUUGUAACUGUCCGUAGGACCCCGGCGCCAAUGGUGUAUGAUGGUUUAAUAAGCCUCCUUCAUUUGUGAUCUGCAAGAAAAUUGCUUUCUUGUUCCGAUGUAGCAAACC